GUCAAAUUUAUCGAUAACAUUUGUCGCAUGCCGCAGCUGUUUUGCUGGAAAAUAACAAACCAGAGAAUUUAAGUUAAACUUUCACACAUGGAGACUGCAGUGGAAGUAGCAGAACCAGUGACCGCGCCCCAAGCCGUGCUCAGCCUGAACAACUGUCCGGGCACCACUCCUGGCCAGCCGCUGAGCAAGAAUCAGCUGAAGAAGCAACGCAAGUUGGCCGAAUACACGGAGCUGAGGAAGUUGCGCAGGGAAAGGGAACGCGAGCGCCAGAAGCAGAAGCGCCGCGAGGCCAAGGAACUCGGUCUGCCCAUCCGCACGGGUCCCUCCCGCAAGGAGCUGAAGAAGAGACAGGUGACUGCCUCCGAUUCCUCCCUCUCCGUGGCCAUUGAUCUGGAUUACGAUGACUUGAUGCACGAGCGUGACAUAGCCAAGUGUGUGAAGCAAUGCCUACGCAUCUAUACCAUCAACAGGCGGAGCUUGCAUCCCGGCAAGCUGCACUUCACGGGCAUCCGUAGCAAUGGCCAUAUCCAUGAAUCCUUUCGCAAGAACGACGGCUGGGAGAACUGGCAUGUGGAGUAUCACUUUGAUCGCUCGCACUUGGAGUUGUUUGAGCAUUCGCAACUGGUCUACCUCACCUGCGAGUCGGACAAGGUGUUGGAUAAGCUACAGCCGGGCACGACCUAUGUGAUUGGUGGCCUGGUGGAUCACAAUCACUGGAAGGGUCUGUGCCAUCAACGGGCCACGGAGGCGGGUUUAAACACCGCCCGGCUGCCGCUAGGCGAACAUGUGGACAUGAAGACGCGCUCCGUGCUGAGUACCUAUCAUGUUUUUGAGCUGCUGAGCAAGGUGGCUGCUGGCCAGGACUGGACAACGGCUAUAUUGGAAACUAUACCCUUACGCAAGGGUGCCAAGGCCAAGGUGCCUCAAGGCAAAGAAGCCGAAGAGAAGGAUACAAGGGAAAUGGAGCAUCAGGAAGAGCAGGAAGACCAAGUGAAGGAGUCUCAGGAAGAGCCAGAGCCUGAAUCCAAUCAACUGAAGUCCUCUGAGCAGGAAUCCUCAUCCCCAAGCUUAAAUAGUUGACCCCAUAUCGCAUUUCGAGGUCUUUUUGAUUUUUAUUUUAGUUUCUUUUGUUGUUUUUACAAAAUC